AGAUCCCGGCGUCAUUUACGGAUCUUUAGCUUUCUUCUCCUGAGAGCCCGUGGGAUUUCGAAUUUCUUCUUAUAAACGCCCGCGACGAGAAUGGAAUAAAUAAACUCGGCUGGCGACAGCGCACGGGACGAGCUCAGCUGCCCAACGAACCCGAAAAUCGAGCUCCGUGCCCAGCCAGCCUCCCGCAGAGAGCGAAACCGACAGGCGUCAAGCCAGCCCUAACAUCGAUGAGCUCCGGCGCCGCCGCGGCCGAGGUGAUAGAGCUCUCCAGCGACGACGAGGAGCCCGUCCCCAGCGCCAGCGCGCUCGCCCUCGCCCCGUCCUCCCCGCCCGACAUCAAGCCGCACUUGCUCGCGGAUGUCGAUGUGAAGCCGCUGCUCCUCCCGCCGCCCCACCCCCCGGGAUACGGCGCGCUCGUGCCCGUCAAGACCGAGGAGCCCGUGUCCGUGCCAACCGCCUCCCCACCGCCCAGGGCCCUCCCGCCGCCGCGCCUCAGCCGCCAGUUCUGGAAGUCCGGCGACUACGUCGUCGCGCGCCGCAAUCCCGACGCCGACAACCCCGGUGGCCGGAACCGGCUGCGGAUAAAUCCCAAAUUCCUGCACUCAAAUGCUACUUCCCACAAGUGGGCUUUCGGUGCCAUUGCUGAGCUUCUUGAUAAUGCCAUCGAUGAGGUGAACAAUGGGGCAACAUUUGUCCGUGUUAAUAAAUUUACAAACCCACGGGAUGGGAACCCCUCAUUGUUGGUUCAAGAUAAUGGAGGGGGAAUGGAUCCAGAGGCGCUGAGACGUUGCAUGAGCUUUGGAUUUUCAGAUAAGCAGUCUGAUGCUUUCAUUGGGCAAUAUGGAAAUGGUUUCAAGACUAGCACGAUGCGGCUAGGAGCGGAUGUGAUUGUUUUUACACAAAACCAAAAUAACUGGGCACGGACAAGAAGUAUCGGCCUUCUUUCUUAUACAUUUUUGAUGGAAACAGGUUGCGAUGAUGUAUUGGUGCCAACGGUGGACUAUCGGUACGAUCCAACAACUGCUUCAUUUACUCAGAUGUUGCGCCAUGAUCAGAAGCUCUUCUCAUCUAAUUUGGCAAUCCUUCUGAAAUGGUCCCCUUUUGCCAGUGAAACUGAGUUGCUUAAACAAUUUGAUGAUAUGGGAGAGCAUGGAACAAAGAUAGUUUUAUUCAACCUCUGGUUCAACGAUGAUGGGGAUAUGGAGCUUGAUUUCAACUCUGAUAAGAAGGACAUCCUUAUUACUGGGGCACACAAGAAGAAGAAACAUAAUUCGGAGAAGGCCGUAACACAGAACUAUGUUUCAACUCGGCUUCGUUAUUCUCUUAGAGCAUAUGCUUCUAUCUUGUAUCUUCGUGUACCUGAUAGUUUCAGAAUUAUCCUGCGUGGAUGUGAUGUGGAGCCACAUAAUAUUGUUAACGAUUUGAUGUACCGUGAGUGCGUGUUGUAUAAACCACAAAUUGCUGGACUUACGGAGUCAUCUGUAAUCACAACCAUUGGGUUUGUCAAAGGUGCACCAGACAUUGAUGUACAAGGGUUUAACGUAUAUCACAAGAAUCGUUUAAUAACGCCCUUCUGGAAAGUUGCAAACAACUCAUAUGGGAAAGGGCGAGGAGUUGUUGGCAUUCUGGAGGCGAACUUCAUCAAACCUACCCAUGACAAGCAGGAUUUCGAGAAGUCAGUCCUUUAUCAAAGGCUUGAGAUUCGCUUGAAAGAUAUGACUUAUGAAUACUGGGACCUUCAUUGCCAUCGUAUUGGUUAUGACAACAAAAAAUUACCCAAAGCAACCCGUGCACUUAAUCGUGCCAGUCAUAUGAAUGCUGGUAGUUCCCCAGUCAGUGCUCCACCUCGGUUGCUUGCAGCUGAUGUUCCGACAAGCAGCUGUGCUAUACCUAGAUUAUCAGCCUCUGCAGCAAGAGAAAGGAUCAAUAGUCUUGGCUCCCUUUCAAAGAACAAGAUGGGAUUGAAGAGAAAGUUAGAUUCAAUUGGUUCUAUGACAGACAGUGCUGACCGAGAUGGGGUAGAUCAUAUGGAUGGAGUUGAUGUUUCUCAACGAAAACGGUUUAACGAGUACAAGAAUUUGACCCUGGAGAAUGACAAGUUGCGUAAUGAAUGCUUGCAAUAUGAGGAAUCAGAGAAACAACUUGUCCUAAAGGAACAAAAGCUCCGAUCUCAAAUUGCAGAGGAAAGAAAGAAGUAUCAGGAAUUGUUGGAAGAGCUUAGAUCAUUGGAUGUGAAGAAAGAGAAAUAGUUGACAAUUUUCUCCACUUCUCCACGUGGAUGGUUACGCCCUCUUGCUUGUCGCCUGACUUUAUGAUCAGCUCACUACUGUUUGAGACCUUCAAUGGUGAUUAUGGGAAGAAAUGAUCCCACAACUGAUAUCUUCUGAUUACCAUACUUGGUAGAGAUGUAAAAUUUUGUAUCACUAAUCUUUGUAGGGCCCUGUGAUGAUGGAAAGCGGGCAUGUACUAUGUUGUAGAAGUAUGUAACAUUUAUUGGACUAUACAGCAGUGGUUUCGUGAUAAUGGGCUGCUGUUUCCCACAUCAAUACAUCUCGGUCUCGUGUCAAAUGAGGUGAAGAUUUUGAUCUGGUACUUUCUUCUGCACUCUGCAGUGGUUAGAGUUGGAAUUGAAUACAGCUUUUUACAAUGUUGUGCAGAACUGCAGAAGAUUUUGAUCUGGUACUUUCUUCUGCACUCUGUAGUUAGAGUUAGAAUUGAAUACAACCUUUUACGAUGUUGUGCAGAACUGCAACCGUUAUCAGUUCAUAGUCGUGGCGAUCCUAAAUUUGUCGUGCGGUACUUAAUCAUUUGUUCCUUGAGUCAUGAGGGUACAGUGCAAUGUAACUUGUACUGCAACUGUUAUCUGUUCGUAGCCUUUGGUUCAUCACUCACCAUAUGUUUGUAGGUACAGUGCAACCUAACUUGUACAUGAUGGUGUAUUAGUUAUCUGGUUUGUAUCCAUAACAUCAUUUUCUUUUGAGACGGUCCAUGAAUUGAUUGUU